CAUUAUUGACUAGUUCUCAUGGCCUUGCUUUGGCGCGCUCGAGCAAAAUAUAUGGCAACCGAUGGAUGAGCGUCAUAUAGCGUUCGAUUCGUUAUUUCCAUUUUCAUGGGUGUGUCUGGGUACAGCAACAUAAGGCAUCUAGUACAUGGUUUCUUCGGAGUCUUUCUUAAUUGGCAGCUGUUAGCUUGGAGUCAUAUUCACUCCAGCAGUUCCGUGUUUUGCCGCUACCGGAGGCAUUCCCAUUGAUUCUAUGUUGGAGAAAAAUCUUCACAUUGGCCUUAAUGGUGUGAUUCUUACUAAUGUGUCCCCACCGGAAAUAUAGUCAGCAUGGAAUUUAGAUAGUUACUAACCUCUGUACGGGAUUUUUCCAUCGCGGACAUCGGCCAAUACUCAGGAUGACGUCCAUCGCCACCCCCAUCGAGGUAGCGAAGAAUAGUAGUUGCCCGGAUAGCAAUGGCUCGGCAAUGAAUGAAUCACAUAUCAUCAUUGCGGCUGUUGUCAGUGGCAUUGGUGGUACUGUGGUGACCGUCUUCGUUGUGAUACUCUGCUACUGGUGCCUCAAGCGCAAAAAGGAAAAACAAGACGAGGAACUAGUCGGCGAUGGGACCAGGUACCAUACGUUCGGGAACUACGAGUCUGUGCCUGCUGGGAAGGGGGGUCUGAAGGCAGGUGGCCCAGGAACCAAUGGCAAGCAACAGCAGUGGGGUGAGCGCCCUCAGACUGGGGGCAAGAAGUCUCCUAUGCUCACCAGGAAAACAAUCAACAAUUCCCAAUCGUCACCCGAAUCCCUCUCGAUUUUGAGCCAAAGUACCGACUUUGUCUGUGCAAUACUUGGGAUUCAGGCAUUCAGAUUCCAGACCCCACCAUCAAAGAAAUUAAAGCCGGAGCAUGUUCAGCCUGAUGCUGAAGGGGGGAUGGGUGCCCAUGCUAUCAACCCAACAUUACACGAUUUGGCUCAAAGGAGAGGAUGGAAAGAGAUGCGGUCAGAAAGCGUCGAAAGCCAGGGCUCCAAAGGAUACGGGUCAGAAUCUUCGCUCAAACGCUUCGUCAUCGGCGCAGAGGCUUCAUCAGAAUCCGAGCGUUCUGGAACCGGACUUGGACGUAUUCACUUCACCAUCGCAUAUGAUUUCCCAGCCACUACACUCGUACUUAAGAUACACUCAGCCACUGGAUUGCCUGCCAAAGACAUUUCGGGGACGAGCGACCCCUAUGUCAAGGUCAUGCUCCUGCCCGACAAGAAGCAUAAAAUGCAAACGAAAAUGAAGCGCAAGACGCUCAACCCGAGAUGGAAUGAGAUAUUUCUCUUUGAAGGAUUCCCUUAUGAAAAACUGAAGGUGCGAGUCCUAUACCUGGAAGUGUUGGAUUUCGAUCGCUUCAGUCGUGAUGACCCCAUAGGAGAGAUUGCCCUACCGUUGGCUGAUGUUGACCUCACAGAAGAACAGGGUUUUUGGCGAGAUCUUCAGCCAUGCGCUUUAGCUAGGGGCAAGUUGGGUGAACUGUUACUGUCCAUGUGUUAUCAGCCGACCAUUGGAAGGAUAACAGUUGUGAUAUUGAAAGGAAGAGAUCUUAAAGCAAAGGACAUCACAGGCUCCUCAGAUCCGUACGUGAAGAUCUGGUUGAUGCACGGCCAGAAACGUCUCGAGAAGAAGAAAACGACCAUCAAGAAGCGUAAUCUGAAUCCUGUAUUCAACGAAUCGUUCAUUUUUGACGUGCCGCUCGAAAGAAUCCGCGACACCUGCAUGCAGGUCACCGUCAUGGACUAUGAUAAUUUCUCCAAAAAUGAUAUGAUCGGCCAGGUGAUGCUAGGACCACGAUCAGGACCUGCGGAAAUGAAACAUUGGAACGACAUGAUAUCGAAGCCUCGUCAAGCCGUUGCUCAGUGGCAUCUGUUAAAGAUGUGAGGACCAAAUACGACACCGAAACUAUAGUGCGCUAAUGGACAAUAAUCAAAACCUCAAGAGGACUGAGGAUCAACUUUUCGCCAGAUUUGACAGAGGAUACCUGUAAGGAGCUUCAAUUUUGGUAGAAAUAAUUCGACAAUGAGCACAGGCGGCCUUCUCACAGGACUUUCUCUACUCUGGCGCAUUUGUCCGAGAGACCUAAUCCAAAUUGGACCUAGUAUACUUAAUAAAUACAUGUUGAGGUUUACCAAAAUAUGGAGGACUUGUUUGCCUAGUUAUUCUGUCCCCGAUUACGACAAUCCCUGUACAGAUGCCAAAAAUGUCAAACCCGCUUCGCAUAAUUUCAAAUUUUGUCCUUGUUUAGUAAUCAUUUUGCAUAUUGUGUGUACAGGGCAUAAGCCUGGUAAAAACAGGAGUCCCUAAAACAGCUCUAAGCAUAAGUGAUAUAAAUUUUAAUUAAUCAAGAAAGUUUGACAAAUUUGGAGGAUGAGGGUUGAUGACUAAAUCAAAGCGAUUUCUGAAUAGACUCUAAUUUGUUGAGGGUUGAGAGAGCCUGUAGCUUUGGGCCAUCAUUGAAGUACUUAUGCAUCAAAUUGCCCAUGUUAUCCCCUCUCUACCUUGCAAAAGUUUAAAGUUGAACUUAACCAUGCAGGUGCAUUAUAUUUUCCAAGCUCUUCGUCACAUUUAUUUGAUGCAUAAGUUUCCAAUUGUGGCCCCUUAAAGGUCUAGUCCACCAGUGGAUUUUCCUCAGUUAGUUCAUUCUGAUGUGACUAUUGGCAAAUAGAGGUGGCUCGAGGUCAUUUCUUGAUGAAGGGACAAACACUUCUUUGCAUUUGAGGGAAAGCAUAACUGGAAAUCUUCAUGGGUUUUCAGCCGAAGUUGGAGUCGCUGAGGCCAACGACCUCAAUCGGUGUGUAACCGUAGUGGCAUGGAAAAGCGUUCAUCUUGCCCUUUAGGAGGAAUACUCUCCUGAGAAUAAAUCCGGGCAGAGUGCAGAGUCGUGAAUGCUGAAGAAGAAGAAGCUUCAUGGGUGGAUGGUUCUGGACUAGACUUGUACUCCAUGAACGAGGCAAAAUUGGCCAAUAUGGUGUAUUCAAGUAAAAAUGCUGUGUGUGAUAUCAGGUAGAUCCGUGUUAUGUGUGUUAGUUUUAUAAAAUAGAUGCAUACUUUUUUAUUGGUUGUGAACAAUAACACCACUUUGUUAGCUUGUGCAAAUACAUAAUUUAAAGGAGGUCACUUAAAGGACGUCAAGCAUGAUCUCUAAUGUUUAGUUACAGAGUCCCUCUUUAGGUGGCCCCUUCAAGACGCAUCAGAAAAUGUUUAUUCUACAACAGUGUACAUUUUGGAUGCGCCCCUCUUUUGAAGAGGAUGAUUACUAUCCGCCCUUUUGGGGGGCAACAGGCUGCUACUCCUUUAAACCAGAUGAUUGUUAUGUUAUUCCUGUUAUAUCGUUAUUUGUUUUGUAUAGGGAUCAUAUCCUAUUAUGUAGUUUAUACCUUACGAACAAGUCCCCAGCAUCCUAACCCUGUAGAAAAAACCAAGGAGACCCAUCCAGGGUGGGUUUGGGUGCCCUCAUCCUGAGGGAAUCAGGUGUUAAUGUUCAGCCCUGCACACAGGGCCGGAGAAGCGAAUAUUAAGACCUGAUAUACUCAGGAUGGGGUGCCCUGAAAUAAAGAGAGCUCCAAUGGUUCUUUAUUGUAAUGAAAUGAGAGAUUAGGUAUAUAUAUAUUUGUUUGUGACCCCACAUGCCUGUUUCGUUACACAGUUAGGACAUAUUUAAGUACAAUUAGAUAAAUUAGAUACCAGUAUAUCAUUUUGGUCCUGUUUGGAAAAUAUUUAACACCAAUGUUGCACAAAUAGUUCACCUUUUGUAUGCUCUUUGUUUAGUUAUUCAUUUCCAACAACAAUCAGAUCCCAACAAACCUGCAACAAAUAUUUUUUCAGAUUUUUUAAUCAAUGAUUAUAUAUGGAAGUUUGAAAGAGGUGACAUUGAUACCACUGUCUGGUGCAAUAAUGCAUGGUGCUUGUCACGUGCACGGGCAUUUGAAAUAAGGCAAUAUUGUAUUAGAGUGAGUGAUUUAGACCUGUCUUUUGAUUGUACAUGUCGGCUGGGGGUUACACAGAGUUCAUGUUGUCAUUUUGUAUUGAAAUACCAGCUACAAUAUCGGCAAAUUUUGUUUUGAAUUUCUGGUGACACCGCAGCACUGAUUCAGAACCCUCAAACAUUUGUCAAAGGAGUUUUGGGGGUUUGCAAUGAUGUCCGUCAAAAGAACACGAAAAUUGGAGUGGUCUGAUUUUUUAAAGCAAUGUCUGUAUCACGGACUUGCAUGGGAAGUAUUUUUUUCAGUUUGCAUAAUUUUUUAAUUUUUUGCUGAAUUUUUUUGAUUUUUGCAUGAACCAAUAAAACAGUACUCCUCCUCACGUACCAUACAUCUUGAGAGCCUGACGGUCUAUAGAUCAAGCACAAAAUAGUUUCAUGUAAAAUAUGCAAAGAUGGCAUUUUCAUGGAAGUUUCAUUCUUUACAUAAUAGGAACAACUUUGUGUUAAAUUAUAUACAAUAAAAAAUCAUGGUAUUUUGCUUGAGAAUAGUUUUGAGGUAGGAGUUUGUUGACCAGUGUGUUGAAUAAAUACUUGUGGUGUAUCUAGUGUAUAAAGAAUGAUUAUUGUGAUGUGUAGCUAACAUUUGUGGGGGAUGAAAUUUCAAAGUAGGUCUCCUUAUUGGUGGAUUAUCAGGAAGUAUUUACUUUAGUUAUAAAGGCUACACAACUGAAAAAACAUGGCUACAAAUUUGAAGAUAUCACAGCUUGAUAUCCAUUUAUUGCGAUCUAUGAUGAUUAAAGUCGUGUUAGAAUAAUUUGGGAAUAUUUGUUGAAAAUGCACUGCCUGUGAACAGUCUGGUAGAGGUUGGAAAACCAUCCAAUAAUUUUGGCUUUCCCCUCCAUCAGUGAGUGGAUCAGUUCAGCCCCUUGGGUUGGAUGAUUUUUCGUCCUAGUUUUGGUUGGUUUUCCAUCCUCUGCCAGUCUGCUGUAAAACUAUAAACUGUAUUCACUAGAGAUACAGGAGUAGACUGUAUCCACCAGAAAUACAUCUAUGUAUUCACUAGGAAUACAUCUGUAAUAAUGUAUUCACUAGAAAUACAAAUCAAGUCUGUGUAAAUGUUCACAGUAAAAAGAGUGAUUUGAUGGGUAAAAAUGUACAUAAGUGUAUGUGGUUGGUUCAAGUACUUAGAUUAUGCAAUUUGUAUCAUAACUCUUGACUACUUUGCUCCAUUACCAUGAGUUGCUUCAUUCAGUUCACUUUUGGUGGUUUUGCUUUCUUUAAAAGUUUAUAUCCCAAAUCUGCACCAAGCAAUAUAAAACGGAAUAUUUCAUUAUAUUUACAGUAAGCUUUCUACCUGAGGUGUAUCCAGUGGCUGAAAAGUGUGUUCUAAUUAUCAAAAUCUGGUGAGUUUGUUCUUGCCAAGGACGGCAUAUGAAAGUGGGAGGAAAGAGGAAAUAACAGAUUUUCGACCAGCCGUUGUAAGGGAAACAUUGUCUUCUGCUUAAAAAAACAGCACAAAUUUACUCCACAGUUGUCUCAUUUUCACCCCUGUAAUCGGAAUUCAAUAGCCUGAAUGAAAUAAAAUUUUGAAUUCUUAAAGUUUCUCACUUAGAUCAGUUUAUUUUGAAUUUGAGAACUUUAUGAAAUUAAUUCAACUUGUACUUAUUUGGAUUUGUAAAUUUGUUUAAUUUUCACCAUGUCCAGUUCCCAAAAUUCCAAUAUCAGCAUAUUGGAGUAGCGGCGCCUAAGCCUUGAGACCCAGGAUGAAUACAAUAGCUGUAGCUGAAUUUAGCAUCUGAUGGCAAUGGUUAGCAAGGUAUCAACACUCUAGAUGCAAAACUUUUGAGUCUAUGCUCAUGCACUGUUAUAUGUAAAUGAUACUCCACUUGAUGUUAUUGAUGGAAUGGCGCGUACAAAAUCAGGAUAACUUGUGUGAUAUUGUCUACCAUUAAACAUCAUGGUUAUGUUGUCCAAA